AUGUUAAAAGGUGAAAAAGUAUACGGCGUGUUAUGGAUACGGCGAAUAUCAGGAGACAACUCUGGCCGGAAUUUGAGGGAAAUCACGUGUGUUAAGGAUACAACGAAUAUUGAGCUAUCCAACAGCUUUGGAAAGCUGGGUGAUGGCACAUCACAGGAUUCUAUUCAGGAUUUGACGAUAUCUUUGGAGGCGGAUAAGGAAAAUCGGAUAUUCCCCGAAGUAGGCGAGAUUGGAAAAUAUUCGAAAGAUAGAAGUGUUAACGUGCGGACCAAGGUGGGGGUUAAGGAUGGCGCCAAGAGGAAACAAACGGGGCCGACUUCUUCGCUUGGGCCUAAUGGGCCAACGCAUAGAGCUAAAUAA